AUGAGAAGGAAGCUAAGAAAUGGAAAGGGGGCCCGCGCUGGGAUAUGCCCAGGCGCGGGCGAAAUCGCUGGAGCGCUGAGGCAGUCGCGCGCGGCUAAGUCCCCACUGCAAGGGCGGGCUAGCGGCGCGCGCCCGAAAACCGCCGGCGCCGGCGCGCUGAGGCACUCGCGCGCGCCUAAGUCCCCACCACAGGGGCCAGGCUAGCAGGCGCGCGCAACGACCGAGGUGUGAAGAGUCCACUCUCAGCUCGACAGGGGCGCCUCGGUCGUUGCGCGCACUUGCUAGCCCGCCCCCGGCGGUGGGGACUUAGACGCGCGCGACUGCCUCAGCGCGCCAGCGCCGGCGGAUUCAUGCGCGCGCCCGCUAGCCCGCCCCCUUGCGGUGGGGACUUAGGCGCGCCGGCGAUUUCACCCGCGGCUGACUUAGGGAUGUACAUUGUCACGCGCCUGGGACUAUCCCAGCGUGGCCCCCCCCUUUCUGUUUCUUAGCUUCCUUCUCAUCACUUCUGUUCGACUCUCAACCUCUCCUGACAGUAGUGGUGAACGUCUCAUAGGUACGCUGAAAUAGAUCACUUCUGUUCGACUCUCAACCUCUCCUGACAGUAGUGGUGAACGUCUCAUAGGUUAUAAGCCCACGAGCCACCAGCUGGCAUGACCACGACACCACCCCUCGCGACGGGUGCCAACCCUCCGAUUCCCGCCGAACAGCUCGCCGCACUUACAUCGCUGCUGUCGGGUCUCACCGCUGCCGCUUCCGGCACUGCCACACCCGCCACGACGUCCGGCACCACUCGCACUGCCUUUCCAAAGCACGCACGCUUGGAUGGUGCGAAGACCUUCGCGAACUGGACACGCCAACUUCGCCUGUGCCUAGCGGACGACAUCCGCUCGUACGUCCUCGACGGUAUCGCACCCGACGACUGGACACCUUCGCAACGCUCCGCUCGCGACGCCGUCGCUCGUGAGGUCCUUGCGAAUUCGAUUGACUCGGCCGAAGUCUCGGCAGUCCUCGACAAAAUCCCUACCGCCGACCUGACAGCGCCGACAAUCUACUCGACGCUGAAAUCGCGGUACGCCCCUGACGACGCCACCCGCACGCUCGAGCUCUUCUCACGACUCUGGGGUUUCCGUCCCAUGCCCGGCACGGUUGCCGAAUUCGACGGGUGGAUCAUGGACUUCAAAGCCGUUGCGCAAGAGAUCAUCGACACAAAGACAACUAUCAAUGAUGUUCUCGCCACACUCCUCCUUGCAAUCGCCCACCCGUCCCUCGAGAGCUUCAAGGCGUCGUUCACCGAUGAACAGCGCACGCAACGAACUCUCCCCGACAUUGAUUCGCUUGCCGACCGUAUGCGAGUCCAACUUCGGUCAACGAACAUCCCCAGCACUCAAUCGGCCCUUCUUGCCUCGUCGUCGUCACGUUCUACUCGUCUCAAGUGUCUCGCCUGUCGCAGCCCUUCGCACCGAGUCGCGGAGUGCCCUACGAGGGCGCAACACCCGCCGCCAGGACCCUGUCGCUCCUGCAAGAAGAAGGAUCACUGGUCUCUCGACUGCAAGAAGGCGCUCGAGGACGGCAAAAAGCCCGACACCGCUGACUCGACCGUCGACUCGCAACACCAUGUCGGAUGUCUCGCCACCGGUCUUCUCGCUCGUCGUCGCCAGCUUCGCAACCACUCUUUUGUCGUCGACUCGGGCGCCACUUCGCACAUGGUCUCGGACAAGUCGCUGUUCACGACCUAUCGCCAUAUCGCUCCUACGAAGAUUGGUGGUAUUGCAGGGGGCAUCAACGCCAUCGGAACGGGAAACAUCGCCUUCAUUGCCGCCUCGGGUCAUCCGAUCACGCUUACCGGCGUGCUGCACACUCCGGGCCUGUUUGUCAAUCUUCUCUCGGUCUCUCGACUUUGCGACACCGACGAUGUCCGUGUCGCCUUCACAAAACACGGCAUCCACAUUGACAAGGACGGCAACGACAUCGCUGAAGGCGCACGACUCGACGAAGGGCUCUACUUGCUGGACGCUGAUCAUUCCAAAUGUCAGCACCUUGCUCUCCUUUCUCGCUCACAGUCGUCCGUGCCCCUGCUGACUCUCCAUCGCUGCCUCGGCCAUCUCGCACCGUCCUCCAUACAGAAGAUGGUUGCCGCUGGUUUGCUGGAGGGUCUCAGGGCCGGAUAUAGUGACGAAGAGGUUGUGAGGAAUCCACUCUCCGCUCGGCUCAGGACUUAG